CUCCAGUAUUAUUAACUAAUAAAAUAAACAAUAACAUAACCCCUGCAAAAUCGUCGAUCUUAUCCACCCGCGAUGAACGCCGUGAUAGCGCUGUGCCACUUCUGCGAGGCGCACGGUCCCUGCGCCAUCUUCUGCACCCAGACGCUGCGGGACACCAAGCUGGAGGACCUGCCCCUGGAGCAGCAGCAGCAGACCCAGAAGUCCUGCUCCGCCUGCAACUACUCGAUGGGCAGGAACAACAGUGCAAUUUACAGCAGGGACACGGAGAGCGGGGCCACCUUUGUAAGCACCAAGGUGGCGGUCCUGCCGGAGGUGGCCAAUCUGGUCAAGCAGGCGGCGGUUCUCAGUCUCAGCAAUGGCACGGACGCCAGCAAGGACGGCGAGUUUGUGUUCUUCGGGGACUCGGCGAGGGGUCACAUUCUGAGCCAUACCUUCCGGCUGAGCGACCUGCAAGCCCGCGGCUACUCGCAGCUCUUCUCCAUCAUAGUCCUGAUGAAGGACAAGUACUUCCUGCUGAACAUCAAGCCCUUCCUAGCCGAGCACUUGAAGAAGGUGUCCACGGAGCUGCAGGCAGCUGCCAAGAAGACCAAGGAGACGGAGGAGUUGACCUACUCGGAGAGACAAAGGCGUCUAUCUGGCGCCCAAUUCCUGAUGCACACCUCCCGCUCGCUGCUGGAACUGACGGGCGAGGAGCACAUCUUCGCCCAGCUGCACUCGCACUUCUCGUGGCUCCUGCUGGCCGGAUCCCGCUUCCUCACCGAGCACGUCACCUUUGGCAACCUUCCGUGGCUGCCUCCACAAAGUAGCGGCCGUCCUCCCGCCCAGCGACUCACCUACAACAGCUCCACCCUGCCCAUGAUCGAAAGCAUCGACGACCCCGAUCAGGAGGAGUUCUUCUCGCUGCGACAUCUCAAGAGUGUGGUGCGCAAGGAGGAGUUCGCCACGGUGUGCUAUUGUGCCUUGACUGGGGUCAAGAUUGUGGUCCGCGGGGAUCCGAUUAAGACUUUCCAGUUAAUGGUCUGCCUGAAGAAACUCCUGCCCGAGCCGAUGCACAAUCUGAUGCGGAUCGAUGCCCAGCAUCAGCACUCCAUCAGCUCCGAGUACAAAAUCAUAUCCGUCUCCAACGACAUAGCCGUUCCCAUGGCCAGUAGCUCGGUAUUUCGAAUCGACUUUCUGGACAAACACGUCAACGGACACGAAGUCUCGGUCAAAUGGCCUGGAGAGUUGCCCAGAAAAUUGCCAGAUUUGAUGGUUAAACUUCUAAAGGCAGUGGAGGAGAAGAACUUUACAGAACUGGUGCUAAACAAACAGACCAAGGUGCUCAUCGAAGAGUGGAAAAACAAAGUGACCUGCCUCAACCAUGCCAAAUCCACCAGCGUCCAGGGCAAGCUGAAGAAGGUGCUCGGCGUGCAGCCGCAAGAUCAACCGGUUAUUAAUUACUGGAGCACUCACCUCCACUAGGAUAAGUGUACACCACAUAGAGUUAGGACAUUCGUUUUCACCUUUUGGAAUAAAACUUCUUUAUUGCCGCGCUGCUUAAGCGACGGCGAGAAAAA